AUGAGAAGAUUUAAUACAUGUGAAAAUAAAAAAGAAAGAAAUUUAUUCACUGAUUAUAUAAAAAAUGAGGAUGAAUUGUAUGAUGAAAGAUAUGACAAAGGUGAUGACAAAAUAAUAAAUAAAGAACCUAUAUCCUUAAAAAUAUCCUCAAAUGCUGAUGUUAAUAAGAAUUUUUUUCCAAUUGAUCCAAUAAAAUCAACCUAUUUUUUAUGUAAUAAUUUGACUAAUGACAAUAAGCAAAAGGAUAUAAAUGAACAUAUAUCCUUUGAAAAAAUUCAAGACCACGAAAAAGAGGAAAAAAAAAAAAUAUUUUUAUUCAACUUAAGUGAUGAACAAAAAGAACAAAUAAAGAAUUUAAAAAUAAAGAAAAUUAUAGAAAAUGAAAUGUAUUUAAAAAAAAAUAAAAUUCUUAAAUAUAUAAUUCAUAUAUUUAUAUCUGAUAUUUUAAAAGAAAAACCUAGUGAUGUAUAUGAAUAUGCCUCCAAUUAUUUUACACAGACUAAUUUUAAAAUCUAUAUACUUCAAAAAUUAAAAUUAAGGAUAAACAAAUGA